AGAACACCAAGAUGUUGCAUAAGAAAUCUCAAGCAAAAACGAGAAAUGCCAAAGCGGCAGCAAAACGCACAAGCAUUAACGACGAUACUUCGAUGUCACGACCAUCUCCGUCACUACCAAUCAACAAAAGAAGGAAACCAGAUAUAUUGGAUAUUCCAAGACAAGAAAUAGUGGAAGAAGAUGUUGAUUAUCCUCUCGACGAUGAUGACUCCAUUCUGGAAGAAAAAACAGUUCCAGCAGCACCCACCGAACUAAAUAUAAACUCGGAAUUUGAAGCCGCCAUGUGGGUUGCUGAGCGACCAUCAGUAUUACGUCUGGCGCAAUUGAUUUAUAAAUCAAAGGAGCGAUCAGUUUCUGGAGAAUGUAAGGAUUAUGUCGACGAAGAAAUACCUAUAACACGCGGUUUGAAUCAGAAUCUUAUUGAAGACCGUAUAUAUAAAGAAUCGCGAGCUUUAUUUUUACGAACACGCAAUAAUACAUCCGAGUUAUACGAGGAGCUUGCCUCACAAAUAAUAGAAACUACACGUGCCAACCCCGAAGUACCAAGAAUUGCGAAAAAAAUCGCCUGCGUUAUGGAUAACCUUCGUUAUCAGGUUAAUAAAUUAUUCCGGAAAACCGCAGCAGAGUACAGGGCAAAAUAUGAAGGGGGGUUAGUUCGGAACAAUUUACAAAAAUUUAUCGAUGAGGCAGUAUGGAAGAAGAUUCUUCAUCUCCCCCUACUCGCGGUUAAUGUAUACGAGCUGAACAAUUGUGAAGAAAUUAAACGUGUACUAAAGCAGUUUGUUAUGGAGGUUGUCGAAAAGUGGAUUGUCGCUCUGGGGGAAGGGAAAGAAACAAAACAGCUAUAA